AUAUAAGGGCAUCGUCUCGGGAUGACGGCUAUCAGUUAGUAUCUCGCGCUGUUUUCGCAUACACCGGCUACUACUACACGACGGACACCAUGAAGUUCCAGAUUUUAUGCUUCUUAUGCGCAUCGGUUGCUCUCUGCCAGGCGGUAGUUUUGAGUGGCUAUAAUGGAGGCCACGGAAUUCCGUACGCGGAUUAUGAAGGCCUCGAAGGAUACACCGCUGGUGAAUACGAAGGACACGCGGUACUACCUACAGUCGCAGUUCCGGUCCACUCUGUUUCCGCCUCACCUAUUCACGUCGUAGCAGCCCCCGAUCACGGAUCACACGCAUACAAUCAUCACGCCGACCACGAACACGAUUACUAUGCUCAUCCGAAGUAUACUUUCAAUUAUGGUGUUCACGACCCUCACACGGGAGAUGUGAAGACGCAACACGAGGUUCGCGACGGUGACGUGGUCCAUGGAUCUUACAGCGUGAACGAGCCCGACGGCAGCGUCAGGAUCGUCGAGUACACCGCGGACGACCAUAACGGAUUCAACGCGGUGGUUAAAAAGGUGGGACCUGCGUAUCACCCUAAACCGAUCCCCGUUGCGAAGUACGUGGCACCGGCGUACUAUAAUAGUUACGAAGAAUACGAUAAGCACCACUAUUAAUCGUGUAAAUAAUAUCGAAGAAGGAAUUUCAAAACAGGGUCAAAAAGAAUUAAUUUAAUCGAAGUAAGUGAGGAUUGAUAAGAGAUAACGGAAACUCAGCAUCGUCAUUGAUUCACAGAAACUUGGGCAUUGAUCAAUUUCAUUGACCAUAAUUCUAUAUAGUUUUACCUACAAGUAUGCAAAAAUUUGAUUCAGUAUUUUUCCUAUACUGUUGCUUUCGUGGCAAUAGUCAUUGGAGAUCGUAUCGAUGUUGAGAAUCAAUUACUACUAUUUAAUUAACUCGAGUGAGGUGCUUUGGAAGGGGAAGUGUGCCAAGAAGUGGUGUACUGUUAAUCGCAUAAGCGUCCAAAGAGAUUUUACGUUCUUGAAGAAUGGAUGGUUUUAAAAAUUGUCUUCAUUUUUUAGUAGACUUUAAAGAUCAGAGAAGUUCGAACGGAAAGCUUGAGCAAUAAAUUAACAAAAUUAAAUCUUAAACAAAAUUGGCUGAAAAUGUUCAAUCAUUAUUGCGAUUACAUGUUGCAAAUGAAAGAUUCAGUAAAACAGUGCCACAGUAUUUUGCAUUAUAAAACGUAGCAUAGUUAAUCUAUCCUUCCACCCUUCUUUUUUAUAAAAUAGAACUAGCAUAGAGACACAAUCACUACGCAUGUAAAUAAAAGCCUGAAGGCCUGUGUUACUCAUUGUCAGUAAAA